ACGACAAAGUUAAUUUGGCCAUAAUUUGCCGAAUCCGUACUCAACUUUCCCCCAAAUCUGAGCAGGUCAGAAAAGGAGCCUCUCCCUACAUGUAAAGCGGGCCCGGCCAGGAAAUCCAUAAACUAUGCGCGCCCAACCCAUUUCGCUAUUUCAGUCCAUUUCCACCACCUCCUCCUUGUCACCACCACCGCUUCCUUCCUUCGUACACCUCUCUCUUGCCCCCACACCAUCCCCGACAAGGCAACAACCUCUCCGGCGGCGAAGCCGAUGGAGGCCAGCUCCGGCGACGACGCUCCGAAACGCAACCCUCUCCCGUCCGCGCUCGUCUCCAACCUCCAGUCCGUGCUCGCCGCGCGCCGCCCGCCCCCGGCCGAUGACGUCGGCACCGCCGCCGGCGAGGCGGAGGCGGAGGCGGAGGCCCCAGCGGCGGAGGCUUCCGACGCCACAGCGGGAGAUGGAGCCCCGGAGAGGCCUGUCGUCCUGCUGACCUGCGCCAGCGGGAUCCGGUCGCCGGGUCUCGCGGCUCUCGUCGACGCCCUCGUCGCCGGCGGCUGCUGCGACGUCCACGUGUGCGCCCCCGAAUCGGAUAAGCUAGCUUGCGGCCAUUCAAUUACCAUCCGUGAGACCAUCACCGCGACAUCCGUGGAUUUCACAGGGGCGAAAGCUUUUGAGAUAUCUGGCACACCGGUGGAUUGCGUCUCAUUAGCAUUAUCUGGGAGGCUGUUUUCUUGGUCGGCACCGGCUUUGGUGAUCAGCGGUAUCAACGCAGGGCCAAAUUGCGGAUAUGAGAUGUUCCACUCUUCUGCCAUUGCUGCCGCAAGGGAGGCCUUAAUGUAUGGGGUGCCUUCAAUUGCAAUCUCAUUGAAUUGGAAGAAGGAUGAAAGCAAAGACAGUGACUUCAAGGAUGCAGCUCAAGCAUGUUUGCCAUUGAUAAGUGCUGCCUUGGCAGACAUUGAGAAAGGAACUUUCCUCAGAGGGUGCCUGCUGAAUAUUGGGGUUCCAAACUCACCAUCUGCAAAUAAGGGUUUCAAGUUGACCAAACAGAGCGUAUAUAGUCCUGCUCAAAGUUGGCAAGCUGUGUCAACAAGCAGACCUUCAUCUGCUGCUCACUUCAUGGGCAUGCAUCAAAGCCUCGGUAUUCAGCUGGCGCAGCUUGGGAAGGAUGCGUCUGCAGCAGGAGCUGCACGUAGAGUUAAUGCUCAGCGAAAGAUAGUCGAGGUUGAGUCUGUUGCAGCUGCUGGGAAACAAGAGGUUCGAGAAGUAGUAAAGAAAUUAUUCCGUGCUGAGUUCAUUGAGAAGCAACAUGAAGAUUUAGAUGAAGAUAUCGAUUUGAGAGCAUUGGAGAAUGGAUUUAUAUCUGUCACUCCUCUGAAUGUGCAUGGGUAUGUGGAGCCUGAAAUUGGAGCCCCAGCUUCAGAAUGGCUCUCAGCAGCUGUGUCUCUUGACAAAGAAAAGGAAGCUUCUCCAGCUAUAGCUGACCAACAAGAUGCUCCGCUUGCAGCUGAGGAAAAGGAAGCUCCUUCAGCAACCUGACGAUGGCGAUCUUUUCUCUCCUUUCUUAUUGGUUUGAUUUGUCAAGUCUUCUGCACGAGAUAUUUGUUCAGUGCAAUGUCUAUUUUUUGUUCAUCCUCUACCGAUUGCCCGUUUCCUUGGCCAUGCAAAAUGAUUUGCAUGCCGGAGCCUUAACCAUGUAGGCGAUGGCGUCCACUAGAUGAGUACUGCCAGCCCCACUAUUUUUUCAGUGUGGUUUGUUCCAGAAAGGUGUUGUAUUCAGCAUGUGAUGGAUGUGAUUGAUUUUGGUUGUUCCCAUCUGAACAAUGGCCACCGAAUGUAUUUUGACCGCAUGUAAUCUGAAAUGGAAUUGCAACCAUUUAAUGUAGCAACGUCAUCUUGAAUUCUGUA